AUGUCUCUCUCUCUCUCUCUCUCUCUCUCCUCUCACUCUUUCACUGUUGCUUGCUUUCCUUCUUUCUUUCUUUUUUGUAAGUUGCCCGAUUCAAUUGGUUUUUUUUUUCUUUCUUUCUUUCUUUCUUUUCUUUCUUUCUUUCUUUCUUUCUUUCUUUCUUGUAAGUUGCCUAAUUCAAUUGGUUUACUGUAUUUUUUUCUCUUUUGUUCAUAUCAACCCCUUUUCAUUCUUAUUCUGUUUAUCUAUCUAUCUAUCUAUCUAUCUAUCUAUCUAUCUAUCUAUCUAUCUAUCUAUCUCAGUCUGUUCAUAUCUAUCUAUCUAUCUAUCUAUCUAUCUAUCUAUCUAUCUAUCUAUCUGACGUGCCCUUUCAUAGCCCCGUUGAUUCCUCCUCUCCGUGCACGGCAUUUCUCAAUUACGUCAACCGCUUACAAUUCUUAUUUCAUCUUUCUUUCUUUCUUUCUUUCUUUCUUUCUUUCUUUCUUUCUUUCUUUCUUAUUCUCUUUCUUUCUUUCUUUCUUUCUAUGCUGUGUUCUUUUUUCUUUCUCUUCUUUCUUUCUUUCUCCUCUUUCUUUCUCCUCUUUCUUUCUCACACGCGGUCAUUUCCUGUGUUUUAAUCACUGUUUUUUUCUUCUUCAUAGAUUACACACAAGUUAA